CAAACAUCUGACAGAUGUACUUUUACAAUCUGACCAGAGCCAGAGUUGGUCUUCAAACAAGGAAAUCAGUGGGUUAAUUGUGUUUUUAUUCUGAAUCGGUCUACUAAGCAGAAGCAAUAGCCCCCGACUCCCUAUUUAUGGCAGAAUAACUAUCGUAAAGUACAUCGAUAGUCCGACACGACAAGCAGAUUGCGGAGAACGAGGCGGAAGUGCUGCGAAACGAAAAUGUCAAUUACUGUGGGCCAAAUCAUAUUGGAUGCUCAACGCGUCGCGAACGGAGCCAAGGACCUGGAAGCGCGGACCAAUGCCCUACUUGUCGAGGCCGAAGGGAAUAACCGACAAAUCGAGACCAUGAAACAGUUUCGGGAUGAUCUCGAUUCUCUGAACAAGCUUUGUCGUGACAAAUCAAAUGCCGACAUGGUGAACCGAAUCAAUCAACAAAACCCCAGUAUUCGUGAAAUACGCCAAGAAAAUCGUGAAUUGAAAGCAUCAUUAGAAGAUCAUCAACGUGCCCUCGAGCUCAUCAUGCAUAAAUAUCGUGAACAUAUGCACCACAAGAUUUUGAAUAGCAAAGUCAACCUUAAAGAUACUUAUAACGCUAAGCUGUCGGAGGUAGUGCGGCAACAAGAGGAGAAAAUCAGUGAAAUGGCGGCUGUCAUGCAAAAAGCAGCUUCGAUGGAUGACGAGGCACUAAAUCGGGAACUAGAAAUGAUGCAACGUCUACGAAUUGAAAAUCAAGGACUACGUGAAAUGCUACAAAUAUCCCAACAAUUCGGCUCGGCGUCAUGUCGUUUCAACGUAGAUGAAAAAGCAAUACAAACGGAAGCCGAUGUAUCUAGUGUACAACAAACGCAGCAUCAACUCGACAACCGAAAAGGUCUUCUUAAUGAUAGUAAUGCUAUUGAGAGUAAGAAAAAGCAACUCCACCGAGAUGGGGAAGGAGACGGAAUUUUAGUGAAUGGACAAGAUGAUACGCUAAUUGAGAAAAAAAUGUCUUGAUAAACUGACACGCUAUUGUGUGUGAAAUGAACAAUAGAUGGCAAUUCAUUGUAAGCGUUAACCUUAUUAAAAUUUUUUCUACACUAUAUUUAAAAUUCAAAAGAAUUCGAGGCAUUUCUUAUACCUCUUUCUACAAAAAAAGGAAGUCUAGUGAAAAAAAUUGGUGUUUCUCUCUUGCUUUCGUCAUGACUAGCAAAGAAAGGGGACUUGUGUUUAUUUUCUGAAGUGUACCUCCCAAUCAAACGUCUCAAGUCGAAAAAAAAAUUACGGGAAAAGAGUGAAAACCGCAAAUAACUCUCAAAAUAGUAUUAAAGUUUAUUAGUUUUAAUUGUAUGAUAUUUAGUUCAAUGUCUUUCUGAGAAUUUUUCUAAAACGGUAUCAUCAUUUCGUUUGCUCUUAUUCACUUUAAUAAGAUACAAAUGUUAUUUAGAUUUUUAGAUACAUUUACUUUUUUGUUAUAAUACAAGAAAAAUAUCA